GUCUCUCAACGAUGGGUUGCAAGGAGUCACCGCCACUUAUUCCGCACCCUCACUGUCAUCGCGCCGACGGUGUCUUCUAACAUCUCGACACUGCACCAUUAUGAUGUGACAGAGUUCCUCACCUUCCUCCGGAACACCCCUGGUGUUCGACACUAUCUUCAUGACCUCACUAUUCGUCCAAGGCGUGACAGACUUCUCCUGCAGCAAACCGGAAUCUCAAUUACACAAAUCUUUCAGAUUCGUUACCUCGCACCCAAUCUAAGCCACCUAUCGUUACUCCAAGUGACGCUGCUGCCGCAAACGGAUUACAUGGGUGGACAGCUCUUCUCGCUGCCAUCACCCUCCUCGUCUCGCCUAUCGCGCUUGACACUGGAAGAUGUCAACGGCGAUCUCGACAUCGAUCUACUCUUCUCUCCCGUGAUCGACUUGAUAGAAUUUUUUGGUUCCAUUGACACGCUCUGCAUCGAUGGAUGGAUCCCUCAGAGGGUACCUUCUUAUUUGGCAAAAGGUCCGGCGAAGGUUCGCAUAUCGUCCGUCAUCAUUAGGCGUGCAGAUCACUUGGAGUCUCUGGGAAGGAUACUGGCGGCGGCGGCGGUCGAUGUGGCCGCCAUCACUCGAAUAAAAUUCGUAAUCCUAAGCCUACGCUCUUUUGAAGCAUAUAAUUCUUCAAAGCGUUGAAUGCCCAAAGCAUUCACGAGAUCGAAGUCGGUCUAGAUGGUUUACCGAUCGAUGCCUUCUUCAUGGCACAACCUCACUUGAUGUUGUCAAGCUCUACCUCGAUUCGGUCCAUCGCUCUACGCAUUCGCAUUUAUGCAUACGUGGCGAGUUCUUCCGAGUCAUGCCAGUGGGCAUUCGCCUGCCGUAUGCUCUCGACAGCUCCACUCCAAACUCUUUCAAAAGUGACAAUACAUUUUGAAGUAGUAUACGCGGAAUGGAUGAAAAAUAUCACACUUACAUUG